GGGCCAAACGCAUUGCAAUUCUGGGCCAGCACUCUUGCAGUAUGGGUCUCGUGUACGACAGCCAGAUGUGCUUUCGACUGUUUCUACCGCGCAGACAUCUUCGUGUGCACCCUUCGAGGAAUGGCCUCAUGUUGACAAUGGUGUCACCUGCGGCGGCUGUCGUGCACUGGUACAAACAGCACCAUACGGAGGUGUAUGUGACACAUACUGUGCCAGCUUUGGCCACAAAUGCGUUGCUGCAGCGGAAGAGAAAGCGGACAGCUGUGAAGAGCAGGAGCAGAAGAGAUGUGAUGAGGAGAUUUCGGGAACAUCUGACAUGCUUUGCACCUGCGAAAGGGAGAGUGAGGUGUGUUGGGAUGGAGUUGGAGGUCUCGUGAAGGAAGAAGGGAACGAGGUCGGCCAGCUUGAAACCACAUCCUUGAAGGAGUGCGAAAGUAGCUGCAAUGGCAAUGAUGCUUGCAAGAGCGUGACGUUUUGCAGAAAAUGGGGGGUUUGCUUUCUCAAGGAUCGCACUCUCUCUGGAAUGGAGGAUGCCCAACGACAUGAAGACUGCAAAAGCUUCUUCAAGAAGCCGUGUGGAAGCGAUGGGGUCCCUGGACCCCCUUGGUCAGGCGGAGGAGGCGGGGGAGGCGGAGGAGGGGAAGGCGACCAGCCUUUGGUGGUCACGGUGGUGUCAUACAACCUGUUCUGGUGGAACGCUUUUGGUCAGAAUCCUUGGAAGAGCGACCACAUCAUUCGCAACAUCAAGAACAACUUGAAACCGGACUCGAUCGGCCUGCAGGAGUGUGACGAACCUGGACGAGUCGGAAACGGGGCCGGCCUCCAACGAGCUUCGAAGUUUGACGGCGCACAGGGCAUCAUGGUGAAGCCAGGCCUUUUCAAGACAGGCGACGCUGGAUCCCGGGAUUUGCAGGCAACUGGCAAGUGGGGUCCACGUUAUGUGACCUGGGUGGAAUUGAUGGAUGAGAAGAGCGGUAGAACUUUCUGGCAUUUCAACACGCACUGGUGUGUGCAUAACGGGAAUGGCCGUGUUUGCAACGAAGACGUGCGUUAUCGUGGUGCACAGAACAUGUUGGACGUCAUCAAGGAGAAGGCCGCUGACCUGCCAGUGGUCAUCACUGGGGACUUCAAUGCGAGACUUGAGGAGAGAGGCCCUCAACACUUCCUCGCCAACGGCUUUGAAUUGGCUGAGAACGCUUGGGUGGACUGCAUCUUCUAUUCUCAUCACUGGGAGCUACGCAGUCACGGUACUGGCGAUGCCGCGCACAGCGACCACCGGCCCAUCUUUGCGAAGUUGCAACUCAAAUGA